AUGCUCAAACAACAGACGGAAGCCAGUUCAUCAAAUAAUCACACUGGUAAAACGUACUCGAGUUCAAUAGAUGACUACCAUGUUCUGGAGUUGAUUGGAGAGGGCUCUUUUGGAAAAGUAUUUAAGGGCCGAAGAAAAUUUACGAGUCAAAUCGUGGCCAUGAAAUUUAUUCCGAAGAAGGGAAAGAAUGAAAAAGAGUUAUACAACCUCCGUCAAGAGAUCAACAUUUUAAAAAAGCUUAAUCAUGAGAAUAUAGUUUUGAUGUUGGAUUCAUUUGAAACGAAGGAAGAAUUCUGUGUAGUGAUGGAAUUUGCACAGGGAGAACUUUUCGAAAUUUUGGAAGAUGAUGAACGUUUGCCUGAGGAUGUUGUUGGGAAAAUUGCCAAGCAGCUAGUGAGAGCGUUGCACUAUUUGCAUUCCAACAGAAUUAUACACAGAGACAUGAAACCACAAAACAUUUUAAUUGGUUCCGAUGGUGCCAUUAAAUUGUGUGAUUUUGGUUUUGCCAGAGUCAUGUCGUGCAAUACAAUGGUACUUACAUCUAUCAAAGGUACACCAUUGUACAUGGCCCCAGAAUUAGUUCAAGAACAACCCUACAAUCACACGGCGGACUUGUGGUCAUUGGGCGUAAUUUUGUAUGAACUUGUUGUCGGAAAGCCUCCCUUCUUCACAAACAACUUCUUCUCACUCAUUCAAUUCAUUGUCAAAGAUCCUGUAAAAUACCCACCAUACAUCAGCCCUCCCAUGAAAAGCUUCCUUAGAGGUUUAUUAAACAAGGCUCCAAAACAACGGUUGGACUGGCCCAAAUUGUUGGAUCAUCCAUUCGUGCGAGAAACAAAAGAAGAAAAAGAAGUGAGAGAGCGAAUGUUACAAGAAAAUAUUGGAAGAAAGAGGCUUGAAAUGUUUGAGCAAAUUGUCGCGCUCAACCGCAAACAAACAGACGAAAAAUCAAAGAAAAAACCAAAGACACCCGCUAAAAACCUUACUCAAACUAGAGUCAAGAAAAAAAUCGAACCAAAACAAGAAAUCUCAAUUACUGACAUUGAAGCUACCUUAAUUAAGGACGAAACAGGUCCAAAGACAGUUAUGAAAAAUGUUGAAUACUUGGACAAACUUGCAAAUACUAUUAAGGUGAGCCAAACGGCGUUCAAAACGAAAUCAACAAAAAUUGUACAGACUUCUCUCAAAAUUUUGGCUAAAGCUCUUGAAAAAUGCGAGGAAGAAGACUCUGAUAAUCUCAUUGAUGCAAACGUUGUGACUAGUCUUUUAGCAUUUCUGAAAGAAUUUGCAGGAGCUAAAUUUGAUACCAAACCAACUGUUCAAGAUGCUUUGAUUGCUCUUCAUUUUGCACUUCCAUACGGUAUUGAAAACAUCACAUCGGUUAUUGCAGAUUUCUUUACUAUAUUACCCGCAUUAGUUGAUUACAGGUACGACAACACUCUGUCUGUUCAAAUAUAUGCAAUGAAGUGUCUCAAAGAAUUAUCGAUCAAAAUUGGUUUUGUACCUUUCCAAACAAGCCAGGUGUUUGAAUCCUUGAAAGAAUUACAAUGGCAUGAUGCAGUAUGCUCUUGCUUGGAUUUUAAAAUUGUCAAGACAGAGAAAAAGUUCGUGCAGCACUUGACAACAACCACCAUUAAGGCACUGGCUGAGCUUGUUCACCCUGUGGAAGGAGAAAUUUUCCAAUUCCCGUCAAUUUUCCAAACAGAAAACACACUGAGCACAGAAAUAGUUGAGUGCAGUCAAGAUAACACCAUACGAGGAGCUAUUGCGAAGGCAGCCUUGAAACAAAAUGUUCUUCCAGCUUUAUCAGAGCUCUUUACCCACCAAGAGGCAAACGUGAGAGUGGCAACACUCAGAACGAUCUAUCAACUUUGUAGAUUUUCAACAGAUUUUUCUCAUCAAAUGUCUUCAGACAUUUCAAGUUUACAAUCACUAAUUAGCCUUGUGAAAGAUACAACCGACAUUAAGACAAUGUAUGAGACCGAAUUGUCUGCUUUAACGCUUUCAAUCAUUUUCAAGGACUCGCCAAAAAUUAUUAGCCAGCUUGGAAAAGACAAUGAUGCUUUGAUUGGCAAUUGUGUUGUCAUAAUUAACACAUCCCUUGACGAGAGGCUGAAAUGUUUUUGUGUGCUUUUACUUUCUCGGCUUGCCCAGGAUUCAGCACUGAAAAAGAGGAUAAUAUCCGAGUUAUUCACGCCUGUUGGUUUAGGGAAAAUUAAUGACAUUCUCAUCAAAGAUUUUUCAAUAUAUCAGCUGCAUGAAGUAAAACGAGUGGAAGGAUCUGGCUUUGGAUUUCCAGACGUUGGUUUGUUAGAUGGAAUAAUUAUGUUAUUCAACCAGGUUUCUGAAUUAUGGAAUGCUUCAUUUAACAAUUUGCUUGUUAAAACAGGAACUUGGAAAUCUGUGUGUGAACGAUUGAAAUCCAGUGAUAUUGAACUCUCUCCUGAAGCAGUCUUGGCAUCCUUGAAAUUAAUGUAUGACAUUGCAACCUGUAACUCAGAAAAUAUUAAUAACUUGGUGGGAGAUAUGAGCAUUGUAAGAGCACUAAUUCAAGCCUUAAAAGACAAAAUUUUACAAUCUUUUUCCAAGUGGCCCGUGUCACGAAACGGAGGCGGCCUCUAUUUAAGUAAUCUCAUUAAUGCAACCGUUGGAUUUUUACAUUUAUUAUAUAACCAAGCAAGUAUCCAGGAAAAAGAAAAUGAAAAAUUAUUAGCAGAGUUGAUCAAGAUUAUGCACAAAGAGGAGCUAGUGAAAUACUGUAUUUCCAAUUUGGAGUUUGUGUCCAUGGAUAAUUUUGGAUCAUCUUUGAACUUUUUGGCUAGCAUGGUAUUGACAUCAAACUACUUUACUAAACAGUAUAUUAAGUAUGGAGGAUUGCAACCAGAGUUUGUUCAAAAAGUAAUUGAUCCUUCGAAUCCUCCUUCCAUUAUAAUGGAUGGACUAUCAAUUUUGAGUCAAAUAGCGAGAAUGAGCAAAGACUAUUACAAACAAAUUCAUCAAGCUAAAAUCUAUACCUUCAUUAAGGAGCUAUUGCGACACAGGGAGAGUGAGGUGAGAGCAAAAGUUUGCAACUUGAUAGGCAACAUGUGUAGACAUUCUGCAUUUUUUUAUGAAGCUCUAGAACAACAUGCUCUCAUUCCAGACCUUAUUCAACGAUGUAAGGAUAUGGAUGCCAACACACGGAAAUUUGCAUGCUUUGCCAUUGGAAACGCCUGCUUCCACAACAACAACUUGUACAAACCUCUCGCUCCAUGUAUUCCCCCUCUUAUUGAGCUGCUGGCUGAAAACUCAGACGAAAAGACAAAGGCCAAUGCUGCAGGUGCUCUCGGUAAUUUAGUGAGAAACUCCAAUGAAUUGGUGAAAGACUUGCUUAAAAGUGGAGCAAUCGAAGCACUGGUUAAGACACUGCACGACGAGAAUUCCAGCGCAAAAAAAAUUGCCUUGUUUUCGUUGGGCAACUUUUGCCAAUAUGAAGAAUGUUGUGUUGUGUUAAAACAACUGAAUUUCGAAAAAACCAUUGCAGAAAUAAUGGUCAAGAGCCAAGAUGAUGCAGGCGUUCAAAAGUAUUGUUCUCGAAUUCAGGCCAAUCUUUCAAAAAUUACUCUAUAA